UUAUCUUUUAGUUAAUUACAAACAAAGCUCCUCCAUCUCCUCUAUUUAAAAGCCAUUCUCUUUUUUCCACCCUUUCAAUACUUUAACUGCCCAAAAGAUUCUCUCCCAGCUAGCUUUCUCAUAUCAUUUUCUUUCUUCAUCUUCUUCUUGUGUCUCUUUCCCUCUCUCUAAAUAAGCAUAUCACUCUUACAAAAGAUUUCUGGGUUUCUGAUAUUGUUCUUGUUCUUGAAUCUUUAAUACUUUCAGAACAUAGAAAUUAUUGUUAUAUAUAUAUAUAUAACGAUGGCGGUUGUGGUCGAAGAAGGCGUGGUGUUGAAUCAUGGAGGUGAAGAGCUUGUGGAUUUGCCACCUGGUUUCAGGUUUCAUCCAACAGACGAAGAGAUCAUAACAUAUUACCUUAAGGAGAAGGUUUUAAACAGCCGAUUCACGGCGGUGGCCAUGGGAGAAGCUGAUCUCAACAAGUGUGAGCCUUGGGAUUUGCCAAAGAGGGCAAAGAUGGGGGAGAAAGAGUUUUACUUCUUCUGUCAAAGGGACAGGAAGUAUCCGACCGGGAUGAGGACGAACCGUGCAACCGAGUCCGGAUAUUGGAAAGCGACCGGGAAGGAUAAGGAGAUCUUCAAAGGCAAAGGUUGUCUCGUUGGGAUGAAGAAAACACUUGUGUUUUAUAGAGGAAGAGCUCCAAAAGGUGAAAAGACUAAUUGGGUCAUGCAUGAAUAUCGUCUUGAAGGCAAAUAUUCGUAUCACAAUCUGCCCAAAUCUGCAAGGGACGAAUGGGUCGUAUGUAGGGUUUUUCACAAGAACAAUCCUUCUAUUACAACCCAACCAUUGACGAGAAUACCCAUUGAAGAUCUCACGAGGAUGGAUUCUCUAGAGAACAUUGAUCAUCUCCUAGACUUCUCAUCUCUUCCUCCCCUCAUAGAUCCAAGUUUCAUGGGUCAAACCGAACAACCAAACUUCAAACCCAUCAACCCUCCGACUUACAAUAUCUCAUCACCAAUCCAACCCCAUCAUUUCAAUACUUACCAAUCAAUCUUUAACCACCAGGGUUUUGGUUCUGCUUCGGGUUCUACAUACAACAACAACGAGAUGAUCAAGAUGGAGCAAUCACUUGUUAGUGUAUCUCAAGAAACAUGCCUAAGCUCAGAUGUAAACGCGAACACAACUACAACCACGGAGGUAUCCUCGGGUCCGGUAAUGAAACAAGAGAUGGGGAUGAUGGGAAUGGUGAAUGGUAGCAAGUCGUAUGAAGAUCUAUGUGACUUGAGGGGGGUCUUAUGGGACUUCUAAUUAAUUAUUUGACUGUGGUGAAAGAGUAUAUUUGUUGGGAUUUAAAUCAUGUAGUUAAAUACAUAUACAUAUAUAGGAUUUACUAGAGUGUUAAUCCUAGUUAUUUCACUUCAUUGAUAUUAUUUAAUUAGUUGAUUGUUUAAUUAGUUUAUACUAUAUAGUGUGGUUCAAAAAGAAAAAGGAUUGUGAUAAUAUGGGAUUUUAGUGCGUAAGUUAUAUCUCAAUGUAAACUGUAUUUGUAUACAUAUAAUUAGUCUUCAUAAGGUUUCU